AUGCGUGAAAUCCUAGGCGCGGCCAUGUCGCUCGCCUCGUGGAAAACCCUUGCCUUGGUCCUGGCUGUGAUCAAUAUGAAGAGCCUCCCAUUUGUCUGGCAUUUCCGCGUACUGUAUCACUUUGUGGGCAAUUUGCGGCUUAAACCCAGCGAUCCAUUUUUCCCCAAGGGCAAAGCGAUUGUGGAUGUGCAAGGCAUGCCGACACAUCCUGUCUUUGUGUCUCGCAUGGUCACAUCCCGCACGCCAUUGCUGGAGACGGAUUACAAUUUGCACAAGUCCAAUAGCACCUACUUUGCGGACUUGGAUGUUUCGCGUACUGCACUUGUGACUCGACUUUACAGUCCAGGUGUAGGUAUUGUGAGCAAGGAACUCGAUGAAGAAUUCUUGGCUGCGAGCAAGAAAGAGGGCAAGCGCGCCCCAAAGCGCAAAGCGAUUUCUAUCGUGCUUGGCUCUGUUUACUGUACCUUCAAGCGGGAGAUCAAGCCCUUUGAACUGUAUGAGAUGCACUCCAAGGUGAUCUCCUGGGAUAAAAAGUGGAUGUACAUCUUGACUUGCUUCAUGCGACCUGCCCGUGGUGGUGGUGAAAAGACCGUGCUUGCCGUGGCCGUCAGCAAGUAUGUGGUCAAAAAAGGCCGACUCACUGUUGCACCAGAACGGAUUCUGCGCGCGAGUGGAUUCCUCCCCGCUCCGCCAGCGGGGAUUGAAGCCAAGGCUACUCCAGCCGACUCAUCCGCCGAAGCCUCCGGUGUGGACACCCCAGGAAGUACUGAAGGUAUCACAGCGACGGGGGUGGACGGAUCACUGGUUCGCGAAGUGCUGAAGUUGAGUGAGGACCAAAUUCCUGGCCAGGAGACUCUGGAGAAGCAGCAGAAGGAGAAUUCGGACCUGUGGAGCUCAGCGGAAUGGACUUGGAGCCGCAUCGAUCAGGAACGGCAGCGGGGACUGAAGGUUGUGGAGGGAUACACUACGCUGGAUGACAAACUGUUUGAAGAGUGGAAGCAAUAG